AUAACGGAAUUAGUUCAUGACAUGAAAUAUUUUAUACUUGGGAAGUGGAUUCGUAAGAAUUUUUGUUUGCUGUUUAAAUUUGGCCAUUUAUUUUUCUGUGUUGCGAGCGUGUUCGAAUAAAAUGUGGCGCCCAUGGGACUUAAUUUCGCCGUGCUUGAAAAUGGCUUCCCCUAUCUACCCUCUCUCCCGUUCUGUUGCUUCAAUCCCCCCAGUUAUCUGAUUAAAAUAAAAAAUAACAUGUUUCACAGACAACCUAUUAACUGGUUACACGCCAAAUGAUUGUCUUCAAUAUAUAGCAACGAAAAUUUAAAAUGAUUUCCCUGCAAUGUUAUCUACCAGGCAAGUAAGCUCACAACACGAUUUUCAUAGCAAGCUAAGGCGUCAACUAGCCAGCAAACUACAAGGAAUAACACUCGUGGAUGGGUUGAGAAUGGAAGUCAGUAAUGAGCUGUCGGAACAGAAAUAAAGUUGGUAACAGCAAACCCCGUAAUGUUUUUUGUGCUUAAAAUCUGUCGACGGUCUCAGAGAAGCCAGUUCGAAUAGCACUUUACUUUGGACUAAAAAGUAUGGGACGCAACGUUUGUGUAACGUUAGCGUAAACCACAACUACUAUUGCAACCUGCCGGACAUAGAUAGCUGCAACCGGGAACGCAUCUGGGACAGCAAGAUCAGAGAUUGCGGCACUUCAGGUCCUGUUCGGAUCGUCAUAUCAUGUAAAGGAUUACGCCUUGAACAUUAUACUUAAUAACUUGCUAGCUAGCCAGCUAAGUGCUCAGCUAACUAGCCACCCACCGAGCACUUCCCCUGCUCACCAAACACAUUUUAGCUAGCAAGGUAGCUACACAAAUGAGAGUCGUACGCGCGAUUUAUUCCCAGAGACUUGCUCUGAUGCACCAACACAUUUGGACUACACUAUAAAAAGGUCUCUCUGUGAGGGAGAUCAGAACAGGGAGAAGGGAUGGAUGAGCAGAAAUCAAACUGUGAGGAGAAUGACUCUGAAACAGCAGCUGAUGACAGUGCACUUCCGAAGCAGCCAGACUCCCCUGCCGUGGAGGAAACCCCAGUGACACCAGAUGUGGACACGGCUGGUGCACCCGUGGGGAAUGGCCAGCUGUGCGCACUCUGCGGCUGCACAGAGCCAAGCCUGCACGGCCAGCGGGAGCUCCGGCAGUUCGGGCCUUUCUCCGUCCGGCUGCCCACAGAGGGCCCGACUGUGCUGCCCCCGGCGGCCACCAGUGACGACCUGUCCUCCAUCGGCUUCUCCGACGCUGCCUCCAUUGCCUCCCUCUUUGACGAAACCGGGCACUGCUGGGUCCACCACUGGUGUGCAGCCUGGUCAGAUGGGGUUAAACACGGUGAGGGCCAGGAGCUGCUGAACGUGGAUAGCGCUGUCAUCUCAGGGAUACAACAGCGAUGUGAAUACUGUAAAAGGCUGGGUGCGACCGUACGGUGCCGGGCGGAGGGGUGCUUGCGGACCUAUCACUUUCCUUGCUCGGCGGCCAGUGGAUCCUUCCAGUCCAUGAAGCAGCUGGCCCUCCUGUGUCCAGAGCACAUAGAGAAGGCAGUGGAGAUGGCGGCGGAGGAGGCCCGGUGCGCUGUGUGCGACUCGGCAGGCGAGCUGACAGACCUGCUGUUUUGCACAGGGUGCGGGCAGCACUACCACGCUGCCUGCCUGGAGAUCAGUGCCACACCACUGCAGAGGUCGGGCUGGCAGUGUCCCGAGUGCAAGGUCUGCCUGACCUGCAGGCAGCCUGGGGAAGACUCUAUGAUGCUGGUGUGCGAUUCCUGUGACAAGGGCUACCACACCUUCUGCCUGCAGCCGGCCAUGCACUCCCUCCCCUCAGAACCCUGGAAGUGCAGGAGGUGUCGUGUGUGUAGCGAGUGUGGCGCCUGUGGCUCUGCCCUCCAGGGCUCUGUGCAGUGGUAUGAGAACUACACGGUGUGCGAGAGCUGCCGGCAACGUCGCGGCUCCGUCUGCGCGGUGUGCAGCAGGGGCCCAGUCCCUGUGGCCUCCUUGCGCCCCUGCCACACUUGCCAGAGAUUGGUACAUGACGAAUGUGCUUAUCUUUCGGACACUGUGGAGGACCAGUACACCUGCUCCCUCUGCCAAGAACCGCCACAGGAGGGUGCUGUGGGGCCCGGCACGUCAGCGGCCCAGAUAGAGCUGGAGGAGAAGGCUGAGAUGGAAACGGCCAAGGAGCUGGGGGGUGAAGGAGGAAUGGAUGGUGAGACAGGGGUAGAGGAAAUGGCCGAGAUGAGGGAGGAGGACACGACAGAAGAGGGGCCCCAUCUGGGGACGACGGACGCGCCAAGCUUGGAGACGGCUGAAGUUCCAUCAGAACCGCUCCCCGCCCCCACUGAGGCUGCAGUGAAAGAAUGCGGAGCCACAGAAUGUGAGCCGUGUACACCUCCAUCUGUGGAUGACGAGGAAAAGACAGGGGAUGGUCCCAGCCAGUCAACUCAGGAUAACCUCAUCCCCAGUCGGACAGCAGAAACACCAGCUGACGUUCUGGAAACCAACACAGGGGGCACUGCUGAGCAUGGAGAUGGAUGUAGCUCCCCUGCAGAGACCAAGCCUGGGGAGGAGCAGGAGGAGACCGUCAGUGAAGGGACAUGUGUCAUUGAUGCUUCCAUUCUCACUCCACAUGGCCCCUUAACCCCGCCUGCUGUCACUCAAGAAAAUCACCCUGUUGCCAUGGACGGGGAGGAAUCUGCUCCUAAGGAGCCAAUGGAGGUGGAGCCAAGGACUAGUCCUUCUUCCCCUUUGGUCACCGCUCUGCCCGUCGUUGACAUGGACACCGGGGUCACCCAGUCAGAAGAGGAAGAGGAGGAAGAAGAGCAGGAGGCUGCUGAGGAGGUGCCGGGAAAGGAGGGCUUGCAGGGCGAUGUGAAGGCAAAGGCCGAGCCCCCCGAGGAGGUGGGGCCCAAACCUGAGCAUCUGCUGGACGACGCGUCAAACAUGAGCCACGGAGACGGCAGCAGCAGCGGGUUCCUGGGCUCGCCCGGAGAGCCUGACGCCCAGUCCCUGUCUAUGGAGCUCAGCCUGGUGCCGGCCAACAGAUCGCGGUCUGACUCACUGCUCACUGAGACGGACGACUCGCUGCCCUUCGACUCCCUGAAACUGGACGGAGACAAGGUCAAGCGCAGGGGCUCCCCUGGUCGCUCCCGGGUCAAACAGGGGCGGAGCAGCAGUUUCCCAGGGAAGCGACGCCCUCGUGGGGGAGGCAGUGGGAGGGGGCGUGGCCGAUCACGUCUCAAAGCCAUGGCCUCCUGCAUCGAUGCCUUUCUGCUUAGCAUGACGGCAGACACAGGCCUGAGCAAGGAGGAAGAGGAGGAGGAAGACGACACCAUGCAGAACACCGUGGUCCUCUUCUCCAACACGGACAAAUUCGUCCUGCUGCAGGACAUGUGUGUUGUGUGUGGCAGUUUUGGACGGGGUGUGGAGGGCCAGCUGCUGGCUUGUGCGCAGUGCGCCCAGUGUUACCAUCCCUACUGUGUCAACAGCAAGAUCACUAAGAUGAUGCUGCGGAAGGGCUGGCGCUGUCUGGAGUGCAUUGUGUGCGAGGUGUGUGGCAAGGCCUCCGACCCCGCCCGCCUGCUGCUCUGCGACGACUGUGACGUCAGCUACCACACCUACUGCCUGGACCCGCCCCUGCACACCGUGCCCAAGGGGGGCUGGAAGUGCAAGUGGUGUGUGUGCUGCAUGCAGUGCGGCUCCAGCUCGCCUGGAUUCCACUGCGAGUGGCAGAACAACUACACACACUGCGGGCCCUGCGCCAGCCUGGUCACCUGCCCCGUGUGCCGCGAGAACUUCAUGGAGGAGGAGCUGCUGCUGCAGUGCCAGCACUGUGACAGGUGGGUGCACGCCAUGUGCGAGAGCCUGUACACAGAGGACGAGGUGGAGGAGGCAUCCGACGAGGGCUUCGCCUGCUCUGCCUGCUCGCCCUACGUCCCCAAACGCAUCGUAGUGGAGCCUCCCAUUACAACAGUUGUGAAAGUGAAGGAACCAGAGCCGCAGUUUUACCGGCUGGAGGGGGUGUGGCUGACUGAGACGGGCAUGUCCCUCCUGCGCAGCAUCUCCAUCUCCCCGCUGCACAAGCGGCGGCCGCGACGCCCGCGCCUCGGCACCGUCGACAGCCUGGAGCUGAAGGAGGGAGAAGGGGAGGGCGAGGAGGCCAAAGUCUGUGGAGAACCGAUGGAGUGUGAGCCCAAAUUAGAAGCCCCUGGGAGUCCUGACAGAGAGGGAGGUCCUGAGAGAGACGUGGGCCCCGUUGGGCCUGCGGAGGGAGGGGUCGAAGGUGAAGCAAUGAAGGGAGGAGCCGAGGAGACGGAGGAUGGGAAAAAGAGGAAGAGAAAGCCGUACAGGCCAGGGAUUGGUGGGUUCAUGGUGCGACAGAGGAAGUGCCAAACACGGAUUAAAAAGGGGCGGAGCCUGUCACUCUCUGGAGAGGGUGUGGCUGAUGGACAAGCCCCAGAGAAGACUGCAGAGGAAGGCCCAGCUCCAGACACCCCUGUGGAAGGUCCUCCAGACGUUAAGGCGGGUGAGGCAGAGGGAGAGCAAGCCAAGAAGCGGCGAGGCCGUAAAAAGAGCAAACUGGAGGACAUGUUUCCCGCCUACUUGCAGGAGGCUUUCUUUGGCAAGACCCUGCUGGACCUAAGUAAGAAGGCCCUGCUGGCCCCGCCGGGUCAGCGGCACACCCCCGGCCUUCUGCGCGCCCCGCACCCCUCUGCGCCCACCGUGCAGGCCGCUGGAGCCCGCCCCACAGCCCCCGAGUCAGCGGAGGCCAAAGAGGGAGAAGCUGGAGGUGUCCCGCAGCCCAAACGGGAGGGGGCCGAUCGCCCUGAUGUGCCGCUGGCAGGCACGGGUGAUGCAGAAACGGCCGGGCAGCCCCCUUUCCCCAAUGACCAGACCCCCACCGAUCCACAGGGCCUUGGAUUUGACAAAUCUGAAGAGCUUUUGCAGGGGAUGAAGAGCCAGGACUCGGAGGAGUUCUUCCGAAAGGUUCUGGGAGUGACAGAAGGCGCAUCCAGCAUGAAGCCUCUCCUGGAGCCGGGGAAGGGGGACUACAGCCGCAGCAGCCUGCCACAGAGGAGCUCGCUCCCAGGCGGCUCCCUGUCAGCAGGUGUGAUGGAGUCAUUCCCUGGGCUCUCCCAGUCCCCCUUCUUUGACAUCCGGGACCGGCCAGGGCUGUUCAGCCCGGACCAGGGCGACGACAGCCCCUGGGCGACACCCUCCACCCCGGCCACCCCUUCCACACCCCCCACCCCGACAGAGCCGGAAGGCGACGGACUGUCCUACAACCAGCGCAGCCUGCAGCGCUGGGAGAAGGACGAGGAGCUGGGGGAGCUGUCCACCAUCUCGCCAGUGCUGUACGCCAAUAUCAACUUCCCCAGCCUCAAGCAGGACUACCCAGACUGGUCCAGUCGCUGCAAACAAAUCAUGAAGAUCUGGAGAAAGGUGUCUGCAGCAGACAAAGUUCCCUUUCUUCAAAAGGCCAAAGACAACAGAGCUGCUCAGCGCAUCAACAAGGCACAGAAGCAGGCGGAAAGCCAGAUGUGCCGUCCCGUGAAGACAGAGGCUGUCCGUGUGAAGGGGGAGCGCCCCAGCCUGCACCUCCAGAUCCCACCCCCCUCUUCAGCGUCUCUCUCCACCCCGUCCCAGCCCAGCUCUGCGGAGAGCCCCUUCCCACUGCACCCCGACUCCGCCUCCUCUGCCUCUGCUGCCUUCUUCCCUGAUGGGCCUCUCAAGACCCCCGGCUCAGCAGACACCCGGGUGGACCCCUUCACCAAGCUGCCCCCUCAGUCCCCUCGCCCUCAAUCUCACCCCUCUACCCCCUACUCCCAGCCCUCCUCCAGCCCCCUCCAGAUGACCCCCUCGGGCUACCCCCCGCCUGGCCACCAGGGGGCCCUUCAGGGUCGCUCGCCCAGCCUAGGGUCUCUCGACAUGCAGCCUGGAACCCCUGGAACCCCCCGCAGAGCCCAGCAGGUGGACCCUUUCUUCAGACCACAGCAGCACCAGGAGUCCCGGGGCGGGCCACCUGGGGAAUGUUCUUUACUGUCCCCCCCCCACACCUCUCAUUUUGGAGACCCUUUCCGGGGCCAGCAGCCACUGGGGCGUCAGGAGUAUAGCUCCACCCCGUCCCCCUCCACAGCCUCUUCUUCCCCGGCCGGAGGGGGACAGCACCGGUCGGAAUUCAUUGGCGUCCCUUCUCCCCGCUCUUCAUCUGCUGGGCGGCAGGACCUGGGCUCAGGCUCUCCUGCGGGGAUGCUGGAUUCAGGGGACAGGCUGUUCAAGGCACCCAUGACCCCACGAGUCCACCAGGGGGACCCAGGGAGCACCCCGGGUAUCCUCCCGCCCGGCGCCUCCCCGAACCACCCCUCUGAGAACUACCGCCAGUCCCCCUCUGCCCCGUUCUCAGACCCGUAUGCCCAGGCGCCCCUCACCCCACGCCCCCAGUCUGGGGACAGCUGCUCCCCCCUCCCCCUGAGACCCCUCCAGCCCCAGCAGGACCCCUACACCCGUGUCCCCUCCAGCCCCCAGUCGCAGGGCAGCUCACAGUCCCCCCUCACCCCAGGCGCUCUCUCUAACGAGGCUUACUCUGUGUCGUCUCCUGCCACGCCUCGCUUCCAGUCCCCGGACCCCUACUCCCGCCCGCCCUCUCGACCGCAGUCCCGGGACCCCUUUGCUACUCUCCACAAGCCUCCCCGCCCUGCUUCCGUGGCCCCUGAGGGGAGCCCAGCUUUAAGGGGCCCGGCUCACCUCGGCCAGCAGGCACCGCUCCCAGGGCCCUCCCCUGCUGCUGGGGACCCCCUCUCUGGGAAGCCACCCGGGCCACAGGCUUUCAGUCGCAGCCCCAACAUGGGCGUCUUCUCAGGGGCUCAACCGCAGCCCCCGCUGCCCCUGCUCCAGCCGCCCCUGCCUCUGCCCCAGGCUCUGAGCGCUGACGGCUUCCCACCCAGGGCUCAGCUGCCUCCGGGCCCCGCAGACGCCACCUCUAUACGGCCUCAGGAGGCGCAACACGUCCCAGCCAUACCAACUUCUCAGGAGCUGCCCGAACUCCCGACGACUCAGGACCCCGCCCUCACGGGCCUCAGCCAAUCAGAGCUGGAGAAACACAGACAAAGACAGAGACUGAGAGAACGGUUGAUUCGACAACAAAUGCAGAGAAACUCGCUACGGCAGGAGAAAGAAGCGGCUGCUGCCAACAGUGCUGCCUCCACCUGGUCUGUUGGAGAGAUGGCACCCUACCAGCAAGACAAGAGCCAGCGUGCACCUCCUCCAUAUCCCCAGGACAGGGGAGCUGCCGCGGGUGGGCCGGCUGUGCUGGCGGGGAAGCUUGCCCCUCCCAUGGGAUUGGUGGAAGACAAGAUGGGCCGUCUGCCACCACCAGGGACACCAGCUAUGAUGGACCCCAGUUUGCUCAGGCAACCGGCUCCUGGUGGCCCACAGGGGCUGUAUCCCCGUCCCCCGUUCCCUGCCCAAUGGCAGGGCCAGGCAGGGCUCUGCAGAUUGCCGCAGCCUGGGGUGAUGGAGGCAGGAGGACCGCGGCACCAUGUCGGUAGCCCUCCUGUCAGCAACCCGCACAGCGUUCAGGGGAUGGCAGGAAUGCCCAACCCCCGCGCCGCAGUGCCAUGCCCUGGGGGGGAGCCCAUGCAGCAGCCGUGCACACCUGGACCCCCGCCGCAGUUCAUCGAGCUCAGACACAAUGCCCAGAGGAUGCCCCUGGGGCCACAGUUCAUGCCCCGGGGCCCCCAGCCGCGCCCCCGCCUGUACAUGCCCCAGCAGGAGAUGGGCACCCCCUUUGCGCAGCAGCACCCCUUGCCCCCUCCACCGCCUCCGCCCUUGCCCCCCUCCCUGGCCCCGCAGGCUGAGGGGUUACAGGACCCCGGAAUGGGGGUGCUGCAGGGCGGCCUCGGCCUCGCCCCACCCCAGCCGAACACUGCCCCUUCCCCCCAAACCCAGCCGCAGCCCCAGACGCCCGCCCCAGCCCCAAAUGGCACCGGCACUCACCCCCACUCCAGCUCACAGCACCAGCUCCCACUCUCUGGCUCCGUGGGAGAGCCGCAGGUGCCCACCGUGGAUGCCCUGACUGGCAGGGGCUGCCGCCUCGACCUGUCCGAGCCCGACCUGGAGGACCCUUUUGUCCCCAAGGGGCUGGGCGGGGCAGGCGGAGAGGCAGGUGAGGAGGACGAGGAUGACCUGGCUACACUGGACCUCGACCCCAGCAAGGGGGACGACGAGCUGGACAACCUGGACAGCCUGGAGGCGACCGACCCGCACCUGGAUGACCUGCUCAAGUGCGAUGAGUUCGAUCUGCUGGCCUACGCUGACCCUGAGCUGGAUCAGGGUGAGCCCAAGGACACCUUCCCCGACCAGCUGCGGCUGGUGGAAGCUGAGAGUGAGGCCCCGGGCACGGCCACCUCCUCCAGUACGACCAAUGUCAAGGCGGACGUCAGGUCAAAACCGCUCCUUGCGGUCUCCACACCCAUGGCCUCCGCCGGAGUGUCCCACCCUGGUCCUUCCUCCGAGCAGCCUGCUCUGAAGGUAGAGGACGGGGGGUUGGCCCAGGGCCUGAGCAGCACCGAAACGCCAGCCUCCCACCUCCAGGGGGCAGCAGAGGCGCUGUCACAGCAGCCUGUGAAGGAUGAGAUGGGCGAGGCUGUCUCCAUGCUGCUGGCCGGGGCAUCGGCCACAGCUAAGCCCCCCAGCGUGGCAAACCCCGCAGCCUCACUGAGCUCUGUCCGUUUAGGGGGGCUCUCAUACCCUCUCCCAGGGCAGGCCGACCCCCUGUCUUUCCCCCCAGCCACCCCGCACCCGGGCCUGGAUGAGGACCCCUUGGGCCUGCCUGAUGAUGGCGGCCAGCAUUCCCCUUCCGUGGAUCUGGACAAAGUAGAAAGCUCCUUGGAGGCCAGCGAGCUGCCCCUCCUGAUCCAGGAUCUGCUAGAGCAUGAGAAGAAGGAGCUUCAGAAGCAGCAACAACAACAACAACAACAACAGCAGCAGCAGCAGCAACAGCUGAGCUCCCUCCACCAGGGGGCAAUGAACACACACCUCCAUGGCCUCCCCACGCAGCAACAGCCCCCAACUCAAGGUACGAACCCAAUGCUGCAUCACCGCCCACUGCCACAGGGAAUGAUGGGUCACCCUGGCAUGAUGCCCAGGCUGCCUCCAAUGAUGACCCCCCAGCAACAACAGCAGCAAAGGCUCAUGGGAGCAGGCAUACCCCCACAGCCACUAAUGUCCAUGGCUCAACAACAAGGAAUGAUGAGACCAGGGCAAACAGGACUUAACCCACAGCAGCAGCAAGCAGUGAAGCAGCAACCACUGCCUAACAACUUCUUCCCAGAUAAAGAUCUGGAAAAGUUUGCGGCGGAUGACAUCAUGGACCCCAUUGCCAAGGCAAAGAUGGUGGCACUGAAGGGCAUCAAGAGGGUGAUGGCACAGGGCCCCCUUGGCGUGCCGCCAGGGAUAAACAGGCAGCAGGUGUCUCUCCUGGCGCAGAGGCUUGCCCCAGGCCCAGGGCCAAGUGACGCCCAGGCCAGGCUCCUGGCAGGACCAGCUAAGGAGGGAGAAAGCAGUGACCUGACCCAGGCCAGGCCCAACCCACCGCAGUUUGUGCAGGGCAUCAUCAACGACGCCGAGCAGCAGCAGUACGAGGAGUGGCUCCUGCACACCCAGCAGCUCCUGCAGAUGCAGCUUAAGUUCCUGGAGGAGCAGAUCGGUGUGCACCGCAAGUCCCGCAAGGCCCUGUGCGCCAAGCAGCGCACCGCCAAGAAGGCCGGCCGCGAGUUCGCCGAGGCCGACGUGGAGAAGCUCAAACUGGUCACCGAGCAGCAGAGCAAGAUCCAGAAACAGCUGGACCAGGUGCGUAAGCAGCAGAAAGAGCACACCAAUCUGAUAGCGGAGUACCGCAGCAAGCAGCAGCAGCACCAGCAGGGCUCGGGGAUCCUGGCCCCUGGGUCCUCAGCACAGGGGCCCCGUCUGCUCUCCAAGCUUCCCGGGCAGAUGAUGAUGGGCCAGCAGGGGGCACCGGUGAUGGGGCAGCAGCCUGUCUGCAUGGCCUCUGGGGGGAUGCCAGUCCGGAUGCCGCAGGGACAGCCGUUCCUCGGAGGUGCCCAGCCCGCACACCCCGGGGCGGUCGGAGCUCCCGGCCCCUCGGGGGGGUACUUUCCACCGGGAGCCGGGACUCAGGGGACUGAUGCCAGACUCCAGCAGGAACGACAGCUGCAGCUUCAGCACAGGAUUCAGAUGGUCCAGAAGAUGCAGCAGCAAGGCAUGAUGGGACAGCCGCCCAUGCCCCAUCAGGCACAGCAGCCAGGAAUGAUGGGCCAGCAAGCUGGCGGUAUGGCUGGACAGUUGCCACAAGGCAUGAUGGGCAACCCAAUGGUGGCUCAGCAGCAGGCAGCUAUGCAGCAAGGAAUGAUGGGAAAUCAGCAGAACCAGCAAGGCCAGAUUCAGGGGCCGCAAGGCAUGAUGGGCAACCCGGCACAGUCACAGCAGAGCCUCAUCGGAGGACAAUCAAUGGCUCAGGUGCAGAACAUGAUGGGAAACCAGCAAGGGAUGAUGGGAAACCAGCAGAUCUUGCAACAGCAACAGAGGCAGCAAAUUCUUAUGGGUCACCAGGGCUCAGCUGGCACCCAGCAGCAGGCGCUUAGAGGGCCACAAGCCCAGCUCACACCCCAGCAGCAGAACGUUCUUGCCCAGCGCAUGCUUCUUUCUCAACAGCAGCAGAACGCUGCCAAGAACCUUGCGCAGCUGCAGCAGCAACAGCAACAGCAGGGAUGUCUUGGCAAAACCAACCAGCAGCAAGACCUUGGAGGACACCUGCAGCCUCCUGCACCUCAGAUGGGUUCAGCAGAAAGCCAGACGCUCUUGGGUCCCUCUCCCCCAACAGGCACAUCCCGAGAGGGGACGCAGCUCCAGGGAGUCCCGGAGGGUUUGCAGCAAGGGAUGCCGAACUGCCCACAGGAAGUUCAAACCCUGGGCUCCAAAGAAGGCGGGAUGCUCAGUCCGAAAGCUUCCCCUCAGCAGCCGGGGCCCCCUGUCCCCAUGCAGCACACAGGCCCUAUGGACGACCAGCAGGGGCCAGUGAUGCAGCAACAGGCACAAGUCUUCCUGACUCAGCAGCAGCAGCAAGCAUCCCAGCAGCAGGUGCCAGAUCUCCAGCAGCAGCAUGCCUACAUGAACACCCAACAGGCAGGGAUGCAGUCACAGCAGCUCUCCCUGCAAAGGCAGAACUCUCUGGCUGGGGAGAAGUCCAAUCUGGUCACAAUCAAGCAGGAAGGACAGCAGAUGUGCUAUGUGGCCCAGCAGCAGCAGCAGCAGGGACAAAUGACAGGUCAGACUGUUGGGCAACAGCCACAAGAGCUCAUGGAACAACAACAUGAUGGUAUGGGGCAGCUGCAAAGCAUGAUGGGACAAAAUGCCCCUGCUCAAGCUCAGCCAGGUGUGAUGGUUCACUCAAACCAGCAGCAGCAGCAAGCCCUCCUGGCACAGCAACAGAAGCAAGGCAUGCUGGGACAGAUGGGCACAAUGAGGGGUCAGCCACAAGGGAUGAUGGGCCAGAGAACGGGAGGCCCCCUCGGACCGGUCCGGACCCCUAUCAGCCUUCAGGCUAUCAUCGCUCAGAACCCGCAGCUGCGUCACCUCACCCCCAGCCAGCAGAUCCAGCACAUCCAGGCCAUGCUUGCCCAGCGACAGCUCCACCAGGGGCAAAUGCUGAGGAUGUCAGGGAGCCAGGGGCAAGUCCUGGGCCAGGUGCGCCCCCAGGGCUUGACGGGACAGCCACAGCAGGCAGGUCCUCGAAUGCAGGGUCCAGAAGGGCAGCCGCAACUCCACCACGGAGGUAUGGGCUCCCCGCAGCAGCAAGGGAUGAUGGGACAGCCCCCAGGCAUGCUGCCACAGCCACAGACAGGCCUGAUGGGUUCUGCGCCACAACAGCAGCAGUCGCAGGGCAUGAUGGUGCCGUCACCAUCGCAACAUCCAGUUGGCCCACAGGGAUCCUCCCCACAGUACGAGCUGACUGCCCAGCAACAGCAAGCCCUGCAGCAGCAGCAGGCAGCAAGUCAGCUGGGGUUGGCGAUGGGACAGGUGCGUGUGGCUUCCCAGGGCCGUCCAAUUGUACCCAUGUCACCCCGCCAGAGCUCCCCAGGGGACCCCCUCUUCCCCCAACAGGCGGCGCAGCAACACCGACAGUUCCAGCAGCCGCAGCAGCUCCACACGCCCGUGGCCUCCAGCCCCUUCCAGGCCCCCCACACCCCCACAGGCUCCCCCGCUGGCCUGAUGCGCCCCGCCUCCUUAGACUCCGGCCUCCUCCCCUCCUCUGUUCGGAAGCAGGAGCCUGGCUCCAGCCCCUGCCCCGGAACACCUGCUCCCUCUCCUGCCCGGGCGGAGGGCACACCUGUGACCGGAAGCCCCGCCGGACUUGGGGUGGAACCCAAAGGGACCCCCACGGCCGGCAACGGCCGGCCUCUGAGCCAGCCGGGUCUGAAGGCCGAGCCUCAGGCCUCAGAGAGGGGACCCGCCGAGGGGCCGCUGGCCAUGCUUGGCCAGGUGAACGGGCCAUCAGGGCGGGCCGAGGGCAUGGAGGCCGCUGCCCUGCAGAGCAUCAAGCAGGAGCCCCGGGAGGAGCAGUGUGGCAUGAGCGCGGGGGGUGAGGCCGAGUCCCGUUCUGGCGCUGUCAAGCAUGAGUCCGGAGGUGGCAACUCGGCUAACUUGGCGGACAUGCCACUCACACCUGGACCCCACGGCCCCCGUGCAGAGACGGGCCAGCAGCUCCUGCAGAAGCUGCUGCGCACAAAAAACCUGCAGCUGGCUGCGCAGAGGCCGGCUGAUGGCGUCCACAGUGAGAUCAACGGCCACAUCAACAGCAAGCUGGCCAUGCUGGAGCAGAAGCUGCAGGGCACCCCACGCAACAUGGAGGACCUCCAGUCCAUAACCAAGAAGCCUCCUGUGGUAAAGGCCAAGCGUGCCCCAAAGGUCGGUGAUCGAGUUGCCAACUCCCGAAAGAAGACCAAAAAGGAGGAGACGGGGAAGAGUACAGAAGCUCUGAUGAAGCAACUGAAGCAGGAGCUCUCUCUCCUGCCCCUGAUGGAGCCCUCCAUCACCACCAGCCUGGAUCUGUUCGCGCCCUUCGGCAGCAGCCCAGCCAACGGCAAGGCUCAUCUGAAGGGCUCCUUCGGAAACGCGGUGUUGGAGAACAUCCCGGAUUACUACUCCCAGCUGCUCACCAAGAGCAACCUGAGCAACCCGCCAACACCACCUUCCUCGCUGCCCCCUACCCCACCCCCUUCCGUGCACCAUAAGAUGCUGAACGGCGUGACUGCUGUGGAGGGGCUCCCAGAAGGCCAGAAGGAGAGGGACAGGGAGGCUGUAGAGGAGACCAUGGAGUCCUCAGCUGAAGUAAAGAGUAUGGACUUGCUGGCAGCCCUCCCAACACCUCCACACAAUCAGAAUGAAGACAUCAGAAUGGAGAGCGAUGAGGACAGCGAUGCCCCCGACAGCAUCGUCCCGGCGUCCUCCCCCGAGAGCGUGCUAGGGGACGAGGCCACCCGCUUCCCCCUCCUGGGGGAGGUCAAGCAGGAGGAGGAGGAGAGGGCCAUCUCACCCAUCAUUCCCAUCAUCCCCCGCUCUUCCAUCCCAGUUUUUCCCGAGACCAAGCCCUUUGAAGGCCUGACCUCGUUCUCAGAGCACACUAUGAAGGUGGCACCCAGAUCCGGCCCCUGGGACAAAGCCAAGAGCAGCGAGGUGUCCGUCACCUUCACCCUGUCAGCCGCUGCAGCCAAGAAGCUCAACACGGUGAUGGUGGCAGUGGCCCAGCUGCUGCAGGUGCGAAUGCCAGGGUCCUACGAAGUGGCCUUCCCCCAGAGCCCUGGCAAGCUCACCGACACAUCCACCCCAGGCACUCUCUGUGUGAAGCCUGGCCCUUCAGAGUCCGACCAGGACCAGGAGACUGCUGACUGGCUGAAUAAGUAUGACGUGUCACUGCCUGGCUGCACCUUGAAGAAGCAGGUGGACAUCCUGUCCCUCAUCAAACAGGAGUGUCCAGAGCCAGAGGACAGAGCGGUCCAGCACUGUUACAUCACCAAUGUGUCAGAUCUGGACGUGCGGCAGCUUCCCAUCUACCCUGUAGAGGCAUCUCCGCCGCAAUCUCCCUCUCCACCUCCUCCUCCACCACCACCACCUCCUCCUCCACCUCCUCUACCUCCUGAACCAUCUCACCAUCUGGCCCAGGCCGCCUCCCCCUCCCUCACCCCCACCCCUACCCCCGCCCCCGCCCCCGGUCCUGCCCCUUCCAGCCCCACCAGCGUUCAGGUCAAAACCGAACCUGAGCAGGAAAAUGCGCUCCUCCCUCCACCUCCCCCAUCAGCUUCUCCCCCUCCGGCUGAUCCUGCAGUCCCUCCCCUGGCCCCUUCCCUGGAUCUCGGCCCCGCCCCUGAGGCGUUCCCCAAGCCCUGCAAGCCGCGCAGCCGGCCGCCCUCCGAGGACGAGGAAGCACGGCCCAAGCCCAAGAAGUGGAAGGGCCUGCGCUGGAAGCGGCUGCAGCUGGUGCUCAGCAUCCGCAAGGGCGGCUCGCGCAGGGAGAGCGGCCGCGAGGUGGCCGAGCUGAUGGAGCGUCUGCGCAUCACGCUGCGGCCCGACAAGCUGCCGCGCGACCGCCGGAAGUGCUGCUUCUGCCACGAGGAGGGCGACGGCGCCACCGACGGGCCCGCACGCCUCCUCAACAUCGACGUUGACCUGUGGGUGCACCUCAACUGCGCCCUCUGGUCCACCGAGGUGUACGAGACGCAGGGCGGCGCGCUCAUCAACGUGGAGGUGGCGCUGCGGCGGGGUCUGCGCACGCGCUGCGCCUGGUGCCAGAAGACGGGCGCCACCAACAGCUGCGGCCGCCUACGCUGCCCCAACGUCUACCAUUUCGCCUGUGCCGUGCGCGCCCGCUGCAUGUUCUUCAAGGACAAGACCAUGCUGUGCACGCAGCACAAGCUGAAGGGCCCGAGCGAGGAGGAGCUGAGCAGCUUCGCUGUCUUCCGCCGCGUCUACGUCGAGCGCGACGAGGUGAAGCAGAUCGCCAGCAUCCUGCAGCGGGGCGACCGUGUGCACCUGUUCCGCGUGGGUGGCCUCAUCUUCCACGCCGCUGGCCAGCUGCUGCCCUCGCAGAUGGCGGCCUUCCACUCGCCCACCGCCAUCUUCCCCGUGGGCUACGAGGCCACGCGCAUCUACUGGAGCACGCGCGUGCCCAACCGCCGCUGCCGUUACCGCUGCCGCAUCAGCGAGGCCGACGGCCGGCCACUUUUUGAGGUGCGUGUGCUGGAGCAGGGCCAGGAGGACCUCCACUUCCGCGACACCACCCCCGAUGGCAUCUGGAGCAGAGUGGUGGAGCGGGUGGCGAAGCUGCGCGAGGAGGCGGCCAUGUUGAAGCUGUUUACCGAGCAUGUGAAAGGCGAGGACAUGUACGGGCUCACGCUGCAUGCCGUGGUGCGCAUCACCGAGUCGCUGCCUGGGGUGGAGAACUGUCAGAACUAUGUCUUCCGCUAUGGCCGCCACCCGCUCAUGGAGCUUCCCCUCAUGAUCAACCCCACGGGCUGCGCCCGCUCCGAACCCAAAAUACUCACACACUGCAAAAGGCCCCACACCUUGAACAGCACUAGCAUGUCCAAGGCCUACCAGAGCACCUUCACGGGCGAGAUCAACACGCCCUACAGCAAGCAGUUCGUCCACUCCAAGUCCUCGCAGUACCGACGGCUAAAGACCGAGUGGAAGAACAAUGUGUACCUGGCACGCUCGCGCAUCCAGGGCCUGGGGCUGUACGCCGCCAAGGACCUGGAGAAGCACACCAUGGUCAUCGAGUACAUCGGCACUAUCAUUCGCAACGAGGUGGCCAACCGCCGCGAGAAGAUCUAUGAGGAGCAGAACCGUGGGAUCUACAUGUUUAGGAUCAACAAUGAACAUGUGAUUGAUGCCACGCUAACGGGUGGUCCAGCCCGUUAUGUGAAUCACUCGUGCGCCCCGAACUGUGUGGCAGAGGUGGUGACUUUCGAUAAGGAGGACAAAAUCAUCAUUAUCUCCAGCCGCAGGAUCCCCAAAGGAGAGGAGCUGACAUACGACUAUCAGUUUGACUUUGAGGAUGAUCAGCACAAGAUCCCCUGCCACUGUGGAGCAUGGAACUGUCGCAAGUGGAUGAACUGAGGAGGAGGGGGAGAAUGCCAGAUGAGGCCUUUCUCAGCUCCACUGUGGCCAGAACAAUGGCUGUGAGGACUGGGCACCAAAGCCCAGGGAAUCCUAUGAGCCUACACCUAUAAGCUGUUUUAGAGAAGGAAGGAGAAGUUGACUCCCAAUUGUUGAUAACUUGUACCUGGAGCCAAAGUUUUCAGAGGGGCGAACUUGAGGCGGUUAAGCAACCACUUUUCCCAUGUAAUCGACUGGACAUUCUUUGAUUUGGGGACUACUGAGGGGAAAAAAAGUCUUGCCAAAAUUUUUUCUUCCUUUGUCCUGCUGAUGACUUUUUGGCCAAGAUCUCCUCCAAAUGAUUUGGGGAUGAGUUCUGUUGGGCAGGGUUCUCUAAAUAACAUGAACAAAAAGCCAUUGUUAAGUACCUGUAUUUUAACCUUGGACCUACUAUUUAAACCUCCCCCCACACCCUAAAUGAAACAAUCUGUCCUAUGAGUUGUUGAAUAAAGAUUGACAAUGUGGAUAUCAGCUAGACAAUCCUGAAGUGGAACCUAAUGGAGCCUUACCAAGGGUGGGGGGGGGGGGGUGGGGAAGGCCAGAGAUGCCGUAAGAUUGUCCAAGUAAAGUUGAUACAGACCUGGGGCUCAAAGGCGAGAGGUGUGUUAACGCAUGUUGUUGAAGAUGGGUUGGUUGGAUCCAGUCUACCUCAUUGAGUCUGUGGGAUUGUGUUGGCUUUGUGUAAACUACAACCGCUACUGUGGAAAUGGGAAAAGGUUGAGGUGUUCUUGUGGCAAAUGCUUUUCUCGGACAAGCAGGGAAACUUAGCAGCAGGUUUGCGCUUCUAUCUAGAUUAA